AUGCCUCUCCCACACUAUGAUUUCCUCAUCAAGUCCUGUCUUUUGCUCCACUUCUGCGAUAACGAGAUCAACUUCAAGGUCCGCACGAUCGAGCUAGAUGGAAAGCGCAUUAAGGUUCAAAUUUGGGACACUGCUAGCCAGGAACGGUUCAGAACUAUAACAACUAUGUGCUACCAUGUAGCAACGGGCAUUCUUCUUGUGUACGACGUCACAGAUGAACGAUCAUACAAUAGUAUCCGCACUUGGCACGCUAAAAUCAAACAACGUGCUUCAGAGGACGUCAACGUGAUACUCAUCGGCAAUAAGUCAGAUUGGACUGACAAGCGAGUCGUACCAGACAUCCAGGGACGUGCACUUGCCGAUGAACUUGGCAUGAAGUUCAUGGAGACGUCCGCCAAGGCGAAGGAAGGUGUAGAAGAGGUCUUCUUCACCCUUACAAGAGACUGCAAGACUCGGCUUAUGGACUUGCAAGCAGACUCAGCCGUCUUAGUGGGAGGUGCUCCCAACGCAGGCGGGUCCGUGAAGAUCAAUCAACCUGUGACUUCAGCGUCGAUUGGUUCCUGCUUAUAA